GUUUUGGGAGUUCCUCCUUCAAACAGAAGUGAGUCAUCAGCUGGGGAGAAAUCACCACCAUCAGCUGAGUGACCAAGUCCAGAAAAAUCAGACAAAAACAAAAAAAAAAAGAGGGAGAAUGAGUGUCCUGCCCGCAGAAGUUGUUGAAAUAGUGAGAAAAAAGUUUUAAAGUAGAGACAGAGAGAGAAGAGGAGGAAGAGGAGGGGGAGGGGGGAGGAGAGAGGAAGAGAUUAUGUGAUCCAGUAAGCGAGAAGUUUGUUUGGGUGUGGACUUAAAAAGAGGGCUGGGUCAAAGUGGGCGGAUGGGUAGUUUCAAGAGUUGGUGCAUUUAGACUCUGAGUCUGACAUUUGCGUCUUGAAGAACAGGAGGAAUAAGACUUGAAGAGACACACCACCAACAAACAGUAAGUCUGAGAUGCUUCUUUUUCUAAACUCUUCUUUUUAAAAAAAUCUCUUAUUCAACUUUAUCUGCUCCAGAAUGAUGAAAGUAGAUUUUUAAGGGAAGAUUUUCCUCAUUAUUUUCUCUCAUUAUUCAGUUUUAAAAAGCAAAAACUGUACGCAGGCAAGAGUGUAAAGGCCGUUCAGCUUGUAAAACAUCUCUGCUGCUGUCCAGGUGAGGCUGCUCCCCUGAGGUUUUUACCCCCCGCCUACUAAUCCAAAGACCCUUAGUGUGAAAGUAUCCUUCCAUAAAGGUUCGGGACUACUUUCUUCCUUGUUUUUCUUUCUUUUUUUUUCUUUUUUUUUUUAACUCCUCUAAACUCAACCGCAGCCACAUGUAAUUCAUUUGGCGCAAUGGAAAAUAUGCCACAUCCAAACCAGCAGCAGCAGCAGCUAAAGUUGACACGUCAAAUUUUCAGGCCAGCUUUUGGAAGACUAAGCAUGUCCUGAGUGUGUUUUAUAUUAAGGCAAACUGCUGAGCGUAGGCAUUUUUUUUCUCCAUGCGCACAGAAGUUGUUCAUUAAAGGGAGUCACGAGAACUUGAGGCGCAUUUAAAACUCCCUCUUUCACUUCAUUUGCUGCUUUAAAAAGGUUUGAAUAAGGCGGAAAUGUUGGUAAAGAUGUAUUAGGAAAGGUUGCGUGUGAGGGAGAUGGGAGCUGGCAGGCAUGCUGCACAGUGCGUGUGUGUGUUCUAUGUGUAUAUUCAUGUGUGUGUAUUCAUGUGUGUGUAUGUGGACCCAGCCCUUGACCACUCCUUUACCGUGAAGGGAACCAGCACAUUCCAGAUGUGGCGCUGCCUCUGUUCACACCCAGAGCAGCCUCCUGUGAACAGAGGCAGAGAACAUCAAGUCAGAGUGUUACAUUUCUGAUUUUGAAUAAGUCAGAGUUUCAUUUAGAGGCACCAUAGAAGAAGAAAAAUGUCAAUUACAGUCAAAAGGCCCCAGAAAUCAGAUGAAAAGAGGUGUUUUUGUUAGAAUUCAGAACAUUUCCAGACUUUAAAGUGCUAUAAAAUCUCACACAAAGUGCUUUCAGGUGUGGGAUCCCGCUGGAGUGGAGCUGCUAAUCUCUCCAGUUAUUUUAAGGAGUGGCAGCUUUGUAAGACAAGCCCAAACUCAUUUGCCCGCCAUGAAUUUCCCCUCCUUUGCACUCUCGCUCUCUCUCUCUCUCUCUCUCUCUCCACUGACAGUAUCUGUGUCUGUGUGCUGAUGUCGAUCUACACAAACACACAGUAACCUCUUUUCUCUCUCUCUUUCUCUCUCUGUUUGUUUCCCCUUUGAUUCGUGACAGGAACUUUAUCUGUGUGUCUAUUUGCAGUUGGUUCACAGUGUAACUCAAAGUAAUUAGAAGUUGAGAAGCCGCGCCCUGAGUGUGUGCCAGGUCUCAGCCUCGCUAUGCUGCCUUGAAUAAAUGUGUGUGUGUGUGUGUGUGUGUUUGAGUGAGUGAGUGAGCAUGCUCGGAGCUGUCACUGCAUGAACAGCCCUCAAACUCAAACAGCCAGGAAGUGCCGAGCCCUUUGUUUCAGGACAUUUUUGUUUUAUUCUUACAGUGCGAGUGCGAUUAUGAGUUCCCCUCCAGUUCUCCUCAUGCUGCACAAUAAAGGCUGGAAAGUGGUGUAACAAGUUUCCUCUCUCUCUCUCUCUCUCUCUCUCUCUCUCUCUAUCUGCAGCACAGUCAUCAUGCUGAUCCUCCUGGCUGCCAUCUUUGCCAUUCACAUCAUUGGCAUCAUCCUCCUCCUGGUGGCCACCAUCGACAAUGUAAGGAGUUCAGAUCAGUACAGAUGCACAGAUUGAGAAGAUUUACACUAAUAGAUGUUGCUAAUUUUAUUUUUGUUCCCAUUAAUCCUUCCAUCUGGACCUGAAAUGAACCAAAUCUUCAUUUUAAUAUCAUUUGUGAACAUAAUUAGAGCCAGUCAGGCUUCCAUUACACUACUUUGGAGUGAGCACAAACUAAAGUGUGUUUCUGUGAGUCGAACCCUCCUUUAGCUGAAGAAAAGUCUACUUUUUUGGAGGAAAAAGAAGUGCUUCAGAAGCCUCUUGAGCUGCUGUACAACUAUAAACUCAGUAAAAAGGCGUUUUCACACCUCACACUUAAAGCACAAAACAUGUUUUUAUCUCUGUAAACAGAAUAGAAGCAAGUUUGUGGAAGAAAAACAAACACACUUAUCAUGUAAAACUGCACUGUGGAUAUUUUAGAAAAAUUGUUGAAGGCCCCUUUGUUUUGACUUUCUUUAAUAAGUCUUUGCCUGCCUUUUGUAAUUUUUCUAUUUGUAGGGUAUUUUUUAAUGUAUUUAUUGAUUUUUAGGCUUUAAUUUUUAAGUAGAUAGUAAACCCUUUUUAUAAAAGGUGCUACACAUUGUACAAUAUGUUUUUUAUUUAUUUCCAGGGGCUAAAAUCUAACAGUAGGCUGAAACAUGAGACUAGCGGGUGAAUAGCUGUGGCUUUUUGGAUGUAUAUCAGUAAAUGCAGGCAAUGAAUGCUAAAAUAGGCUAAUAUCUGUCAAUUAUAGUCCAAUAUCUGUCAACUGAGGUUGUAGGGAUAUUAGAUUUCCACCUCAAAAUGAUAUGAUAUAUUACAAUGACAAUGUUAUUGGGAUAAGUAUCAAAACCUUUGAAAACAAUUUUUAGGAAAGGCAAGAUAAGAAACAGAUUAUGUCUUCAGUAAAUUUGAUUAAACACUGUUAACUUAAAAAUCAUUUCUAAGAGGGAUUAAAUAUAUGAUUUACCUACAUCACCAGCCCUGUGAACAAAACUUUAACUGUUACAAAAAUUUCAUAAUGAAAGUCAUACUUUUAUUUUGAUAUCCUUUUUCUGUCUUAGGGUCUGUAACUUUAUUUCCUACAUUGUAAAAUUAUGCUUUUAAUUUAAAAUUCUUCUGGUAGAUUGUUAUGUUGGUUUGAGGUUGAUGAUAAUGACUUAUACUCACAGUAUUAUCCUAGGCUUAUUUGAACACAUUAUCAGUAUUUACGUACUGAUGGUUUAUUGUCGAUACUCAUUUCUAAUGGCAGAGAAAGUGUCAACUCAUGAUGAUAUCCUAAACACGAGCUGCAGUUUGUUACAGUUCUGUUUCCACCCUUCUGUACCUCCAUGUGUAAAAAAAUUCCUGACAAGCCCCCGGCAUGAACAAAAUCCCUCAUUUCCUCCCUUGUUUGCAAAAUGACAGUCAUGGAGAGUUAUGUGCACAGUCUGUCUGUCUUGACACAAGGCCGGCACCCUGUCGGUGGUCUCCUCUCAGUCUCACAUAUUUAACAUUUCUCUCUGACACAUGAUGUCCUCACUCCAAGUCACUGAGUGUGAAGGAACAGGCCGUGCACGAGCACAUGCAAAUAUGUGACAUUCUUGCCUGAGCUGUACACCUGAGCCAGACUUGAGGAAUGCAGCAGUGACAGGCGGAUGUGCAUUCCUACAGUACCUCAGGUUGUCGUUCCCUUUACCUGCAGCCCUCCUGUAGGACUCAGACUGACACGCACACACUCCACAUAUGUUGACACACAUUCUUGCCAUUCUCUUCCAGUGCAGGUUUAUUUAAAUGACAUUAUUUGCAGACAGUUUUAGAUAUAUUUUUGCCAAACUGAAAAAUAUCAUUUGCUGCAAAUAAACUACUGAAAAAAGACACAAAUUAAGAAAAACAACAACAACCAAAAGCUCCUCAUUUCCUUGCUGUGCAGGUUCCACAGAUCUCAUAGUUUAAAGCUCUGCAGGCACUCACAGUCAUAUUGAGAAUGAAUCAAAACUUUCAACAGGUUGAUAGUUUAUCUUUUCAAGAAUGAGUCAUCAUUUAUGUAAGAAAUGUAUAAAAGCGUUUUCUUUUCAAUGUAUUACUCUGGAGUAUAACAUUUUGUCUCUCUGUCGCCCCCUCAGGCCUGGUGGAUGACCGAGCAUAUCUCCACUGAUAUUUGGGGCCGGUGGAUUCAGAUCAACGGAGUGUGGAACUUAACCAAUCUGCCUGAGGGCUCAACCUACCCACAGGGUAAGACUGGCAGGGCCAUGUCCAAAAUUUAAUAUUUACCAUACCUGAGCACUAAGAUUCAGGCCUCAAUUUUUCUUUUCAUUCCUCCAACUGCCUCUAAAAUGAAUUGAAAUGUUUACUCAGUUGAAAAAAUAAAUAAAACAAGGCUUCACAUGUUGAUGGUAUUUUUAAAACUACAACCAAUAAAAGAGUUAAGAACAAAAUAAAUCAGGCUAAUGCUGAACAUCAAUUCUGACAUUAACAAGGUGAAAGUUUACAUGAGCUGAUGCUGAGUUUGACUUUGUAGCCUGUGACACUCUGCUCAGUUUAAUGUUCAGAAACCUGGUCAAUCCAUUUCAACCAGGCUGUGUGCCUAUCUGGAGAGGGAUUUGAUUGAAAGAGUGCCAUGAUAUCCUAAUCAGGGCUAUAAGAAAAUACGAUGUCACCUUUUUAUAGCCCAGCACUGCCUCUUUUUAAAACCACCAAGCAGACAGACAGUUGGAAAAACCACAUCACCCACAUGUUAAGUUUGAAAAAUGCUCAAAUGAGAUGAACUGUUUGCAUGGCUCUAUGUUUCCAAACCAGUAUUUGAGAUAAUAUCGUUGUAAGAGCCUAAGAAUUGAAUUUCUUUUAUACUGCUCAGUGCAUAUUUUGCAAGAAUUCCCAAAGACAUGACCAUUUGAGCUCAAAAUGUAGCUGCAGUAUAACAAAUGUGUUGAAAAACACAAAGAAAUGACACCUGUUUCUACCUGCAAGCUUUAGCACUUGAUGGUUAUAUAAUACUGAAAAAUUUGGAAAAUCAAAAACAAACGUAAAGUAAUCGUUAAAUGUGCCAGAAUGUAAAAAUAAAAGAAAGGUUUUUUUUUAGAAAGGGAAUGUGAAAGUGUGACUCUACAGUGUCUUGGGUGUGUCAGGUUGAUAUUUUAAACUCUCUCUCUCCCUCUUUCGCUCUCUCUGUCUCUCUCUCUUUCUCUCUGGCUCCCCCUGCAGAUUACCUCCAGGCAGUGCAGGCCAGCUCAGUCCUCGCCUGUAUCUUCUCCAUUCUCGGCAUCUUUGUCUUUGUUGCUCAGCUCUUCACCCUCGAGAAAGGAAAGAGGUUCACCAUCUCCGGUGUCUUCCAGAUCCUCGCCUGUAAGUUUAUUUUUAUUAUUCCUUUUCUUUAUGGCACCUCUCUCUCUCUCUCUGUGGUUCCUGUACUGAUGUCCCUGUCUCCUGCUCUCCUAGGCCUGUGCAUCAUGAUUGCAGCUUCCAUCUACACAGACCGCUUCCACAUUGAUGAGAAAUUCGGCUGGUACGGCCACAGCUACAUCCUGGCAUGGAUUUCCUUCGCUCUGACAUUCAUCUCCUCCAUCACUUACUUCGUGUUACGCAAAAAGACCGCGUGAGACAGACACUAGAUUUAGCUCCAAACAGCCUGAAAACCCUCAGCUGAAUCUACUCGUUCAGCUGAAAUCUGUUUCUUUUAAUAGACUUGAACUGCUCGCGUAGAUUCAGCUGCACAUUUAGGAGACCUCUUGAUCUUCUCAAAUUCAUAAACGGGAUUGAUUGAGUCUCGUUUGUGGAGUGUAUGCCAACUCAGUCAAACCCUGAUGUAUUUGAGAAGAUUUUCAACCCUGUGUCUGGGCUUGAAUUUCUUGAGGACAUCUCAGGAUUAAGAAUUUUCUUAUUCUGCGUGUAUAAGAUGCUGUUAAAAGUCCUCUUGUAAUUCUUGUUCAUAUCAGGCACAGGUUGAAAAGUCAAAUCUGUGGUCUAUUUUCUGUAAUGCACAUUUACAUUUGGAUAUGAGUGUUGGAUAAAAAGGGGCGAGUAUAUGAUUAUAGUUUUUGUUAUUUUAUUGUUAGUUCAUCCAUUUUUCUUCCAUAUAUCUGCUCUGGAUUAAGUUCAUAUUUGCCACAAAUUAAACAAAGUUUGACUAAUUUUUAAAGCCUUCAAACAUCACCUGAAGUGACCCUUGUUGUGUAUUUGUGUGUAAUCUAAUGCCUUUACGACUGUAUGCUGUAAAUUACCCAUAUAAAGUUGUUGUAUAUGUAAUUUGAGGAGAAAACAAUUAGUUUUAUAUGUAUAAUUUGAAAUUUUCAUCAUUAAUAUGAUCCAAAAAGUAAUAUUUUUUCUACUGACAGUUAAUUUAAAGGAGUUUUAUAGUCAGUCAGAAGUCCUAAAGUUGUAAGACUUGAGCUGUAUUUUCCGUUUGGUUCAUUCUGAACACAGUAUAUGCUAAAUAAAUUAGAUAUUUCAAAGUACACUAAGCAUGAACCUUGUAACCAGUUACCUGACUAACCUUACAGCCGUUUCUAAAGUUGUUCAAUCAGCUGUUUCCAGCCCAUGUGACAGGAAGGCAUCUGCCUUGACUCUUCCAGUGUAAGAAAUACAGUGUAAAUAUAUUGUUUCCCAAAAUGCUCUGUGUGUCUAAUGCUGUUUUAUUUUUGCUACCGUUAUUUCGCAGUAUCAACAACAUUGAUGAUUUUUACAAUAAUAAAACUUGAUUUUCAACCAA